AUGGUUGAGGGUGUGAGGCCGAAAGGAUUGCACCUCCUUCAGAUUUCUGGUUUGAGCCCUGAUACAAAGCAACUUAGAAGGAAUGUACCUGAAGGAGAGCCAUGGACGGAGGAAGAACACCAACGCUUUUUGACGGCGUUGAAAAAGGUUGGGAGAGGAAAUUGGAAAAAGAUUUCAAUGGAAUAUGUGCACACCAGAACCCCAACGCAAAUCGCUAGUCAUGCUCAAAAGUAUUUUCGCAGACAAGCUUUAAAUGAUAAGAAGAAUCGUAGGUCCAGCAUAUUUGACUUACCAUUCCAUGGAUCUGCUGGGAGUACCUCAAAUAAUCUGAUUGUAAAUGAAUUCCCAAAUCAUCGCUUGGAACCUCUCAUGAACAUUCCACAUUACGGUAGGAUUCCUUACAUGGGACCAAGUAAUGUGCCAUGUCUUUCAUACAAUAUUGAAGCAAUGAAGUACUAUCAGCUAUAUGUGUUGAGGUGUAACGCCUUUCACAAUUUUAAUGCUUGUAGAGCUUCACCAAUGGCAAUGUCAUUGCAAGCUGAAGCCGCUGCUUCCACAUCUUCAAAUGCAAGAGAUGGCGAUUCUCUCAACCUUCAAAUUGGACUGCCUCAAUCCUCCCAUCAAUACUAG